AUGUUUCUAAAUUCUCGUCGACUUUUUUCCUCGCGUAUUUAUUUUGAUCAUUUAAAAAAUGAGCUAGCCGGAAUUAAGGUAACUUUUCACUUUUUAAAAAUAAAAUUAAUUUAAGAAAAAAAAAAUCACUUUUUCAGAACGCCGGAACAUUUAAAAACGAGCGAGUUAUUGAGGGAAAACAAGGAGUUCUUGUAAAAGUUUCAGGUGUUGAUAAACCAGUCAUUAAUUUUUGCGCGAAUAAUUAUUUGGGUUUGAGUAGUCAUCCGGAAGUUAUUGAAGCUGGAAAAAAAGCAUUGGAGACUCAUGGAGCUGGACUUUCUUCGGUUAGAUUUAUUUGUGGAACUCAAGAUAUUCAUAAGGAGUUGGAGGCCAAAAUUGCGAAGUUUCAUGGAACUGAAGAUGCCAUUUUGUAUGCAGCUUGUUUUGAUGCAAAUGGAGGUGUUUUUGAAGUUAUGACAGGUAAUUUUGAAUAGAGAAAGGGAGUGAAUUUUCCAUUUUUCCAACACCAAUAAAAAAUUUCAGGUGAAAAAGACACUAUCAUCUCUGACGAAUUGAAUCAUGCUUCAAUAAUCGAUGGAAUUCGACUCAGCAAAGCACAACGUUUGCGAUAUAAACAUCUAGAUUUAGAAGAUUUGGAAGCCAGGCUUAUCGAAUCAGCAAGUUCCCGUUUCCGACUUAUCGUAACUGAUGGUGUAUUUUCAAUGGAUGGCGAUGUUGCACCAUUGGAUAAAAUCUCAGAACUUGCCAAAAAACAUAACGCCUUAUUAUUUAUUGAUGAAUGUCAUGCAACUGGUUUCUUUGGACCAACUGGACGAGGAACUGCAGAAGCUGUCGGUGGAAAACCAGAUGUGAUAAAUUCAACACUCGGAAAAGCAUUGGGUGGUUCAAUGGGAGGAUAUACAACUGGUCCAAAACCACUUAUCGAUUUAUUGAGACAACGAUCAAGACCAUAUUUAUUCUCGAAUUCAUUGGCUCCAAGUAUUGUUGGAAGUAGCAUCAAAGUUUUUGAUCUUCUUAUGAAUGAUCCAUCUUUUAUUGGAUCUCUUCAAUCAAAUGUUGCUCAUUUUAGAAAUAGUAUGAAGGAAAAUGGAUUCGUGGUUUUGGGAAAUGAUCCAACUCAUCCAAUUUGUCCAGUUCUGCUUGGUGAUGCAAAGUGAGUUCGGGAGAACUGAAAUGAAAAAUCUGAAUCUAAAAAAAUUCCCCUCAAUUUUUUAGAUUGGCCUCCACCAUGGCUGAAGAACUACUCAAACUCGGAAUUUACGUCAUAGGUUUCUCAUUCCCAGUUGUGCCACGUGGCAAAGCUCGAAUUCGCGUGCAAAUCAGCGCUGCUCAUUCGAAACAACAAAUUGAUCAAUUAAUCGAUGCUUUCGCAAAAGUUGGAAAGAAAUUGAACUUUAUUUAA